GAGACAGCAGAGAGAGGAGGCAGGCAGGCAGGCGGUGGGCAGCGAGCUGCUGUGGACAGAGGCCGGGCACAGCCGGCUUCCUCUCCAGUGUGUGCAAAGUCCAGUUCCAGAUAGAUCGCGCUGAAGGGCCCUGCAUAGCAGAGCUCAGGAGGGUAAGAAGUGUUGGAGGACUCCAACAUCUUCACCCAGCCCAGAAAGGACUCGUCUCAUCCCUCCUCUGGACCUCACUCCAGCCCUGUGCAGCAGCAGCAGAAGGUGACUCUGCAGAGAACCCAAGGAGGCCUCAAGGGGAGUGAGGAGCGGUACUCACACGGACCACCCACCCUGCUCCAGGGAGCUGCUGCUUUGUACUACCAAGGAGAGGACCAUAAUGCUGGGCCCUCACUUCCCACCCCCAACCCUUGGACCCAGUGAGGGGAGGCCUGCCCCUUGCACCUUCCAGAUCCCGGACGGGAGCUACAGGUGCCUGGCUCUGGAAGCUGAGGAGAGCAGCAGCGAAGACGGCCAGCAGGGAGAGGGGAGGCUUGCGGACCUGGAAGAAGAUGCGGCCAGCAGACACAGAGCCAGCCACGGCACACCACAGCUAUCCAGAGUCUCAGACAUAAUCCAGCCAUCCAGCUGUUCCAGGGAGGCACGAGGUGGGUUCCAGCACAGUGACGGGACCAGCCAGGACUGGGCUGUGGUACAGGCCCGGAAAGUGAUGACAGUCAGUGGUAACACCAGCCCUGGGUCCAGGGUGGCCCAGAAACCAGCCUUAGGCCGGAGCACUAGCUUCACUGAAAAGGAUCUGAAGGAGGCCAAGGCGUGGAGCCAGCAGAUUGCAGCCCAGCUGACCACCCCUCCCAGCUCCAACUCCCGAGGGGUCCAGCUCUUCAACAGGCGCCGGCAGAGGGUGAACGAGUUCACCUUGGAGAGCCGUGGCCAGAAGCCACCAAAGCAUAGUCAAGAGGCCCACACAGGGCAUCCUUCAAACCCCACAGGCCAUGCCCCAGGGCUCAGUCUGAGACCUCCAUCUCCACCCAAGCCAGGCUCUCCAAAGCAUCCCAGCCCCCGAAGCCCCAGCAGAGGGGUCCCUGGCCACAUCAUGGAAGGCUACUCAGAGGAAGCCAGCCUCCUGCGGCAUCUGGAGAAGGUUGCCAGCGAGGAAGAAGAAGUACCACUGGUGGUUUAUUUAAAGGAGAAUGCAGCCCUGCUAACGGCUAAUGGGCUACACCUGUCCCAGAGCCGGGAGCCCGAACAGUCCUCACCAAACCCUCCAACAACUGAGGCACACAGUCCAGCUGCAGACAUCAACCAGAACCUCUCCUCACCCAAUGCCACACUCACCACGCCAGCGUCCAACAGCCACCACAACCAGCCCACCACCGAUGUGAAUCAGAAUCCCCCAGCCGCUGUCACCCCUGUCCAACAGAAUUCAUCUGAGGCCCAGUGUCCCCCAAAUGGCACGCCCGAUUCCAAACCCAGCACUCCGUGUGCUGAUGGGCAGCCCCAGGUGCCAGCAGGGGAGGUGAGAUCCAGCAUUCUGCUGAUUGAUAAGGUGUCAGCUCCAUCCCCUGUCCCCAGCACCUUCUCUAGAGAGGUCACUCCCCUCUCCAGCUCUGGGCCACCAGCAGCAGAUCUCAUGUCCAGCUCCCUGCUCGUUGACAUGCAGCCUAGCAACCUAGUGGCGUCAGCAGAGCAAGAGAUGUCCGGACGUGCAGCUGUCACCACGCCCACCAAGGUGUACAGUGAAGUGCAUCUCACACUAGCCAAGCCCGCAUCGGUGGUCAACAGGACGGCCCGGCCUUUUGGGAUUCAGUCACCAGGGAGUACCAGCCAGGUGGAACAGAGUCCCAUGAUGGGAAGACGACAUUUUGGAGAGAAGACCUGGGCUCCCCCAACUACCACCAUGGUGGACAGGAGUCCCCAGCCUCAAAGGCACAUGAUGUCCCGCAGCCCCAUGGUAGAAAGGAGGCUGGUUGGGCAGCGAAGCCCAGUCCUGGAGAGACGCCCCUUAGGAAGCUUCACCCCACCCCCCACCUAUGCCGAGACUUUGUCAACAGCCCCGGUGGCUUCCCGGGUUAGGUCUCCUCCUUCUUACUCUACUUUGUACCCCAGCUCUGACCCCAAGCCACCUCAUUUGAAGAACCAGGUAGUCCCUGCCAACAAGACAGGCAUUUUGGAAGAGUCUAUGGCCCGCCGAGGCAGCCGGAAAUCAAUGUUCACUUUCGUGGAGAAGCCCAAGGUGACCCCGAAUCCAGACUUGCUGGACCUAGUGCAGACAGCUGAUGAGAAACGGAGGCAGAGAGACCAUGGGGAGGUGGGCAUGGAAGAUGAGCCCUUUGCCCUGGGAGCUGAGGCCUCCAAUUUCCAGCAGGAACCAGUAGCUCGGGACAGGGCCAGCCCUGCGGCUGCUGAGGAGACUGUCCCCGAGUGGGCCUCCUGCCUCAAGUCACCCCGUAUUAAGGCUAAGCCAAAGCCCACACCCAACCAGAACCUCUCAGAGGCCUCAGGGAAGGGAGCUGAGCUCUAUGCCCGCCGCCAGUCGCGGAUGGAGAAAUACGUCAUAGAGUCUGCAGGCCACGCUGAAUUGGCCCGCUGCCCUUCACCUACUAUGUCCCUGCCGUCAUCCUGGAAGUACUCCACUAAUGCCCCUGGGGGCUUCCGAGUGGCAUCCCUCAGCCCAGCGCGGACUCCGCCUGCCUCUCUCUACCACGGCUAUCUGCCAGAGAAUGGGGUCCUGCGCCCAGAACCUACCAAGCAGCAGCCAUACCAGAUGAGGCCUUCACUCUACGCUCUGUCUCCCGUCAAGGAACCUGCCAAGACCUCAUCCCGCUCCACCUCACCACGCACUCCGUCCCGCACUGUCUCACCUCGUGCCACCUCUCCAGCCAAGCCUAGCUCCCUGGACCUGGUGCCCAACCUGCCUAGGGCAGGCCUGCCACCAUCUCCUGCUCUGCCUCGGCCUUCCCGCUCCUCCCCAGGCCUCUACACUGUCCCUGUUCAGGACAGUCUCCAGCCCACUGCCGUGAGCCCCACCUAUAGCAGUGACAUCUCGCCCGUGUCUCCCUCCAGGGCGUGGUCUCCCCGAGCCAAGCAGGCCCCCAGGCCUUCCUUCUCUACCCGGAAUGCUGGAAUCGAGGCCCAGGUGUGGAAGCCUUCUUUCUGCUUCAAGUAACGCAUCCCGGUGCCUGUCUUGUCUCCUUCUCGGAGGGUCAGAGAGAAGAUGUGGCAGGAUGUGGUUCGGGGCUUAGCGAGAAGAUAGGCAUCCAUGGAUCAAGGCCUGGCUGUUGCCAACAGCUAGCUAUGCAACCGUGGGUGGACCAUCUCCCCUCUCCGAGCUGUAGACGAAGGGGUGUAGACUCCUUGUCUGGGUGGUGCAGAGGGUCAUAGAGUAAGACUACCCUGAGAGGGUCCUAUUAAGCAGUCUUUCCCUGGCCGUGCAAGCUUCAGUCAGUGUCUUGCUGGCCGAAGGCCCAGAGGGCUCCUCAUGGGGACUUCUGGAACAGACAGUGGCUUCUGGCUGUGCCUUACUCAUAGGGCUCAGGCUCCUGGCAUCUGGCUUCCUGCUUCUGGAUUCUCACCUCCACAGGGUGUUUCUUCCCCUCUGCCUUCUGGACAUUUCCUCUCCACUGCCUCAGAGAGCUUUGCUUGGCUCCACCUCUCUCCUGAGUCCUCUGCUGCCUGUGGACUUCAGCGUUAUCACUGUUUUCUGAUGCUUGUCUUCCUGCUCUCUGAGACUCUGCAGCCUCCGUGCCCUCUCCAGGACCCGACUCUACACAGGGAGGGAAACUCCUGGGCUCAGACCUCAGUCCUGUUUCCACUGCCUUGCCCUCACUGUUCUGGGGGUGAGGGGACAUCCCAGGGUAUCCCUGAGAAGAAUGUCCUUUAGAGGGGGCUAUGUAGAUGUUAGGAGAGUGACCCUUUAGUCAUAUAGUGACUCAGCCAAGGUCACUAUACUGACCAAAACAAGCCACCUCAGUGCAACAGCACCGGUCCAGGGAGAGGCAAUGGAAGAAUGUUCUAGACUCAUGCACCUUCCAUUUUCUAGGUGACUUUGGCCAAUUCACUUUUCCUUUUUGGACCUUAGUUUUCCCUUAUACACAGGGUCUUCCAAUUGUGGUAAUCACUGAAGAUUGAGAGACUGGGCUGGUGCAGUGGAAUAAAGGUCUCAGAGGCAAGGGGACUUUCGUGCAGAAAAAAAGUAGAAAGGAUGGGCUGUUGCUGAGGGACACAGGAGUUAGCUUUCGAUGAGAGUGACCCGGUGAGGUAGAGUGGAAUGAGCUACUGCAGCAAACCACAGUCAGAAGCCUGGGCUGGGCGAGCUUAAGCUUGGGAUCAGCUGGUGGCAGUUGGAACAUGGCACAGUAGCUCAAAAGAGAGGGACAGGAUAGACCCUAGAGCUUUGAGGAAAAGAUUGGACUUAGACGAGAAUUCUGGACUUAGACGAGAAUUCUGACUGGAUGUUCACUUUGGGUCUCAGUUUCCCCAUUCAUACAGAGGGUGUCGAGUCAGGUAGCCUGAGAUCACCAUUCCCUGCUCCUCUUUGAUAUGGUAUACCCCCCCCUCCAAACUAGUCUUUGUUGGGGGUGGAGAAUACAAUCACAAGAAGACAUAUUUAGAUGGAAUCUUCCCAAGACUUGAGGCUAGGACCACCCACUUCCUCUUUCCCAGCCCUAUUUCUGGGAUCCCAGAGAGGCAGGGGUGGUGGAGGCGGUGACCGUGCUGGGCUGAGUGCGCUGGCUGAGUGCGCAGUUUUCAUGAGCUUUGGGCUUGUCUCCAUGGGAACAGGGGUGCCUUGUCAGGGAGCUCAUCCAAGCGGGAGAGGGGGAUGCAUGUGGGAACUGCGAGUGAGCUUGACUUCUUCAGGUCUCCCCAGAACAGAGUGAGCCCCUAGAAGACCCUGCUCUUUUGUACCUGGGGUGAGGGUGGGGGUGGUAGUGGAGGAGCCCGUCCUCCGUCCUGUAGCUCUUGCCGCUGGGCUGAGCUCUUUGCCACUUGGUUCUGUCUUCUGUUCUCAAUACACUCUGUCUCAAAUC